AGUGACAGCCGGGCACAGUGACAGACAGGGCACAGUGACACCCCGGGCACAGUGACAGCCGGGCACAGUGACAGCCGGGCUGCUGGCCCUGCAGGAGCCCCGAGCCAGCCCCGGGGGGGGUUCCAGGCUGGCAUCUCCCUGCUCCUCCUCGCCGGGAAUCGCCGGAGCCCCGCGCCCGCCAGACAAACCCCCGGUGACGAAGAAGAGGGAAGGGCAGCAGGAGGACGAGAUGCUGGCGCCGUCCAACGCCACGGCCCUGGAGCUGCUCCUCUCCAAGCUGCUCCAGGGCUACCUGGAGCGGGGCAACAGCUCUUCCCCCGCCCCGGUGAGGGCUGUGGGCAGCAGCCUGGAGAUCCUCUACGUGCUGCUCAUGCUGGGGCUCUUCGGCUUCUUCACCGUGGGGGUGCUGGUGACCAACCUGCGCUCGCGCGGCCCCGCCGGCGCCCCCGACCCCUUCGACACCUACAUCGCCUCGGACCUGUGGGGCAGGAAGGACAGGGAGCUCCUCCAGGCCAAGGUGCUGGAGAGCUACAAGCUGUGCUGCGUCCUGGAGAACCGGCUGGCCCCGGAGCGGCCGGCGGCGCAGAUCCCCGAGGAGAAGCGUUCCUGAGGAUCGGGAGGGACGACGGGAGCGGGGACUCGGGAGGUUGUCCUGGUUAGAACAGCUGGGACCAGUUCAUCACUGGAUGGGUGUAACCCAAAACUGGGUAUUCCAUAGCCUUCCAUGCCAUUGCCCAGGAACUGUUGUCAAUGGAACAUUUACACCCUCUGCCCAGAGCACCCCUGACUCCUCAGGCUAUAAACUGGGUGUUAAGAGGCCUGUGAGAUAGGAGGGUGCUCCUGUCCUCAUAUUCUGUUUAAUAUCUUUAUUGAUGAUUCUGUUUAAUAUCUUUAUUGAUGAUCUGGAUGAGGGGAUUGAGUCCAUCGUCAGCAAAUUUGCAGAUGACACCAAGCUGGGGGGGAGUGUUGAUCAGCUGGAAGGCAGGAGGGCUCUGCAGAGGGACCUGGAUGGGUUGGAGGGUUGGGCUGAUUCCAAGGGGAUGAGGUUCCACCAGGCCAAGGGCCGGGUCCGGACCUUUGGCCACAACAACCCCCGGCAGCUCCAGGCUGGGCCAGAGGGGCUGGAGAGCAGCCAGGAAGGAAGGGAGCUGGGAGUGGGGAUGGACAGGGAGCUGAACAGGAGCCAGAGUGUGCCCAGGAGGACAAGAGGGCCAAUGGAUCCUGGCCUGGCUCAGGAACAGGGUGGCCAACAGGGCCAGGGAAGUGAUUCUUGGCCUGGACUCAGCGCUGGUGAGGCCACCCCUGGAGUGCUGUGUCCAGUUCUGGGCCCUCAGCUCAGGAAGGACAUGGAGGGGCUGGAGCAGGUGCAGAGAUGGGCAACGAGGCUGGGGAAGGGACUGGAGCACAAGUGCUGUGAGGAGAGGCUGAGGGAGCUGGGGCUGUUCAGCCUGGAGAAGAGGAGGCUCAGGGGAGACCUCCUCACUCUCUGCAACUCCCUGACAGGAGGGGGGAGCCAGGGGGGGUUGGUCUCUUUUCCCAGGGAACCAUCAGCAAGACAAGAGGGCUGGGUCUUCAGCUGUGCCAGGAGAGGGUUAGGUUGGAUAUCAGAAAGAAUUUCUUUGCAGAGAGGGUGCUCAGCCAUUGGAAUGGGCUGCCCAGGGAGGGGGUGGAUUCUCCAUCCCUGGAGGUGUUUAAGGACAGACUGGAUGUGGCAUCAGUGCCAUGGGCUGGGAACCACGGCGGGGUUGGAUCAAGGGUUGGACUUGAUCUUGGAGGUCCCUUCCAACCCAGCUGAUUCUGUGAUUCUCUGAAUAAUCAGGAGUGCUGGUGAAGCUGAGAGGUCUGUGGUGCCUGGGGAGGCAGAAGCUCCUUGGAAUCGCUGUGAGGUCAAGGAGGGGACACACGGAGGGAAUAUCACGGACUCAGCAGCUUCACCUACUGGAAAACAGCCCUGAGCUGAAGGAAGGCAGGGUUAGGUGGGAUAUUAGGAAGAAAUUCCAUCCCUGGAAGCGUCCAAGGCCGGGUUGGAGCCACCUGGGAUAGUGGAAGGUGUCCCUGCCCGUGGCAGGGGGUGGAAGGAGAUGAUCCUUCAAAUCCCUCCCAACCCAAACCCGUCCCGUGGUUUUAUGAUUCCAUAAAAAGGCAAAAGCUGGUGUUGCCAGUGGGAAAUUAGAACUUAAUUAGAACCAAAUUGGACCCAAGCAUGGCUUAGGGUUUUAAUUAGUUUAGGGGUUUUUUUUUAGUUUCCAAGCAUGUCUUAGACAACCAUUUCCAAGUGAGACCAAUUUCUUCCAAGGAAAAGCAGCUGAAAUCUUCCAUUUGUGCUUUUUAUCCGGAAUAAUUCCAUGACCUGCACAAUGCUGUGGAUUGCCUUUUUCUUUCGGAAUCAUCCACUUCUCUGGGAUAAAAUUUCAGGAAAAAAAUGCAUUUUUUGUUUCUGGCAACUAUUUCUGUGGGAAAAUAAAGACUUUGAGGGAAUUUUGAAAUAACUGUUGUAGAUGUGGCCCUUGGGGACACAGGUUAGGGAUGGGCUUGGCACUGCUGGGCUCAGGGUUGGACUUGGAGAUCUUAGAGGGCUUUUCCAACCUAAAUGAUCCUAAUUCACUGCAGGUUCCCCAGCCUGGGCUUGCUGGUUAUUUUUGGUUCUCCUCAUGGAUGGGAGUUGAUCCUGGGGGCAGGAUCCGUGCCCAGAGGUUGAGCAGCCCAAGGGUGUGACAUUUCCAGGGUUUCAAUCCCAAUUAUUGCCCCGUGGUGGGGAAGGGAACUUCCACCCUGGGAAGAGCAAUUCCCCCAAGUUCCUGGUGUUUAAUCAGUGACAUGAGUGAUGUCUGUGCUUCACUCCGAGCUCCCAGGAGCAGCCCCCUGUCACCUCUGGCAGCAUCCAACCCAAAAUCCAGGCCAGGAAGGUUUUCAAGCCCUUGGCUUUCUUCUCCCUCCUUCCUGGGCUGUGGCUGCUGAGCUGAGGGGGGCACAGGCAGCCAAACUCAGCUUCCACCUCUCUCCAUAAAGAGGAGGAACAUCCCCCCUGGACACUGCAAUACUCAGAAUAACAACUUUACCAGCUUGAA